CUUGAUUUUUAUAAUCAUUUCCGUGAGCAUCUUUGAAUUCAUUGCACUCAUCGAUCAUUCAGAGCGUGCUGUCAAAGAGAGAACUAAAGCGUGCUCGGAGGGGCUGAUAAAGAAUUUAAUUAGGUGUGAAUGUCAAGAACUAAUUCAAGCGUGAAGAAAUACAGAAAAAAAAAAAAAAAGAGAGAGAGAUCAAGAAUGGAGAUUCUCAUUGCGAUUGCUGGAAAAGUCGUUGACUGCAUGGUUGAACCAGUCAAACAGUGGCUAUGUUACUCGAUUCACUACAACAGCAACAUUGAGAGUAUGAAGAAGCAGGUAGAGAAGUUGCGGGAUGCUAGAGAUCGCGUGCAACAUUCCGUUGAUGCUGCUAUAAGAAACGGUGAAGAAAUUGAAGGUGAUGUUAAAAAUUGGUUGAAAGAGGCGGAUGGGAUUAUAGAGUUGGUCAGGAAGGAUUCUGAAGGUGAAGAAGAAGAAAAAAGGAAGUGCUGUAAUGGGACAUUCCUGAACUUGAAGCUGCGACAUCAGCUAAGCCAGAAAGCAAAGAAGAUUGUGCAAGAUAUCGAUAAAGCCCUGGAAAUAGGUAAAUUUGACAAAGUUUCCUACCAUCCUCCUCAACAUGGGAUAGUGACUACCAGAUGUAGGGAUUACGUGGACUCUGAAUCAAGAAUGUCGACUGUGAAGAGACUUAUGGAGGCACUGAGAGAUGAUAAUAUCCACCUGAUCGGGGUGUGGGGGAUGGCUGGUGUGGGAAAGACUACGCUAGUGAGAGAAGUUGCCAACCAAGCAAAGCAAGAAAAUUUAUUCGUUGAGGUGCCUAUAGUAAAUGUGACCGAGACCCCAGACCAUAAACAAAUUCAAAUAGACAUCGCGUGCGUGCUAGGUCUACAGCUUGAUGUGGAAAGUAGUGUAACCGGAAGAGCAAUUCGUCUACGGGAGAGGUUAACAAAAACAAAAGACAAGAAGAUGAUACUUGUUAUCCUUGAUGACAUAUGUGAGUAUCUCGAUUUAGAGAAAAUUGGAAUUCCUUCUGAGGGAUGCAAAGUAUUACUCACAUCCAGAAAUCGAGAUGUAUUAGUUCAAGCAAUGAGCACCGAAAAGGAUUUUGGACUUGAAGUUUUAGGUGAAGAAGAAGCCUGGAGUUUAUUUGAGAAGAUGGCGGGUGAUUGUGUGAAUAAAGACAAUAUGCGAAGCACAGCAACUGAGGUAGCUAAAGCUUGUGCAGGUCUGCCUCUUGCACUUGUAACAGUUUCUAAGGCAUUAAAAAAUAAGAGUUUAAAUGAAUGGAAGGAUGCACUGCAGCUACUAAGAAGACCCGCUACUAGAAACCUACCAAGAAUGCAGUCACCUAUAUAUUCUUCUAUAGAGCUAAGUUAUAGUCAUCUUGAAAGUGAAGAGGUUAAAUAUUUCUUUUUGCGUUGUGCUCAAAUGCAUUUCUCCAUCUACCAUCAGGACUUACUGAAAUAUUGUUAUGGUUUGGGUUCAUUUCAUGGCAUUAAUACAUUGGAAGAAGCAAGACACAGAUUAGAUAGACUAGUUGGUAAUCUGAAAGACUCUUGUCUGUUGCUAGAUUGUCCUGAUCAUGGCUCUAAGGAGUUUCAUACGCAUAUGCAUAGUGUUGUUCGUCGUGUUGCUAGAUUAAUUGCGUCAAAGGAUCAUAAUAUGAUUACUGUGAGAGAAGAUGAUGGCCUAAAAGAAAGGCUAGAUGUGGAUUCACUCAAAAGUUGCAAGGAGUUCUCUAUUAGUGGUGGAGAUUUCCAUGAACUUCCUAAUGGAGUGGAAUAUUGUCCAGAAUUAAGAUUCUUGCAUGUGUAUGGUGGAGAUCGUCCUUUGCAAAUCUCAGAUACUUUUUUUGAAGGGAUGGGAAAGCUCCAAGUUUUGGAUUUCACAGAAAUGCAACUUCCAGCACUGCCUUCAUCACUUGGUCUCCUUAGAAACCUGCAAACAUUGUGCCUGGAUCAAUGUGUGUUGGGAGACAUAGCUAUAAUUGGAGAGCUCAAGAACUUAGUAAUUCUUAGCCUUAUGAAUUCCAACAUUUCGCAAUUGCCAAGAGAAAUAGGGUUGUUGACUCAUUUGCGGUUGUUGGAUUUAAGCAAUUGUUCCAAGCUUGAAGUGAUUCCACCUAAUGUCCUAUCAAGGUUGGAAGCACUAGAAGAGUUGUAUAUGGGAAACAAUUUUGUUCAGUGGGAGGCUGAAAAACUCAAUAAUGCUAGCCUUGUUGAGCUAAAGCAUUUGUCCCAUUUGACCACUUUAGAGAUAGAUAUUCGAGAUGCCAGUAAUUUGCCAAAAGAUUUUUUGUUCAAAAAGUUAGAAAGAUACGUAAUAUUUGUAGGAGAUGUUUGGGACAGGUCUUACAAGCGUGAAGUCUCAAAAACACUAAAACUCAAGCUGAAUGAAAGCUUUCAAUCAGAGGUUGGGAUUAAAAUGCUGUUGAAGAGAACAGAAAGUCUUUAUUUAGAUGAGUUAAAGGGUGUUAAGAGUGCUUGGAAGAAAUAUGCCAUGGCCAACUUCCCAGCUACUUGA